AAUUAAUAGACACGUGUCAAAAGAUGAAGCGCCCGGUUAUAUAUAAUAACCCAGUUAUUUUUAUUUCUAUGGUAUAUAAACUGAAAAUUCGAUUUCUUUCUGUAACGAAUUCAAUUUCUAUACAUAACUGAAAAAAUUGUGCUGCAGGUGAGGAAAAUGAUUCGCAGUUUGUUAGGUUCGUUUUGGCGGGAAAAUUCGCUUCCAAACAAAUAUAUAUAUCAACUGUCUGCAAAAAUAACCGCACAAUUUCACUUCCGAUCGAGAACACGCGCACGCCAUGGAAAUGGCGGAGAACUCCGUCCGCGUAGCGAAGGAGCUGCCGGUGAUUUUCGGAGAUUUCACCAGCCAGGAGAGCUGGGACUGUUUUUUCUCCGUAAGAGGCGUCGCCGAUUACUCCGAGUGGUACGCCGACUGGCCCCAACUCCGGCCGGCCUUUCUCAGUAGCCAUCUCUCGUUUCCGCCGGCGGCGCCGCCGCGGGAGGAGCUGAGUAUUCUGGUUCCGGCGUGCGGGUACUCCAGGCUGUCGGAGCAUCUGUACGACGAAGGGUUUAGGACCGUCACGAAUGUUGAUUUCUCGAAGGUGGUCGUCUCCGCCAUGUUAAGGAGGAAUGUGAAGGAACGGCCGCUGAUGCGGUGGCGCGUGAUGGACAUGACUAAUAUGCAGUUUGCAAAUGGGAGCUAUGAUGUCAUCAUUGAUAAGGGAGGACUGGAUGCUCUAAUGGAACACAAAAUUGACCCGAGAUUCGGAACACUAUACUUAUCCGAGGUUAAACGACUGUUGAAAGCUGGAGGAAAAUACAUUUGUCUCACCUCGGCAGAAUCUCGUGUACUAGGUCUGCUUUUAUCAAAGUUUCGAUUUGGGUGGAAAGUCGAUCUUCAUUCCGUUGCUCAAGACCCAUCGUCUGGAAUUACGUUUGUGUUGGUCGCAGAGAAAUAUAUUAUAUCUCAUGUUUCUCAGAUAAAAUCGUUCGUGGAUGAAUAUUCUGUAGAAUCCCACGGUAAUCAGGUUCAAGAAGUAUUUGAAGCACUUGAAAAAGAAAAUACCGUUCGUGCAGAAUACUCGAAUGGCACUGGUAAAUGGUACUCAAUUGAAGAGCUGAAGCUAGGUGUGAAAGGAAACAUUAGAGUGCUCGAACCCCUUCGAUCUGUAUGCGUUUUUCUAGGCGGAACGGGAUCAUCACGUUUCUUCUAUAAUAGUGUACUGUUCGAUGCUAUUCCAAAGGAAGAACCUUUUACCGAUCAAUUUCGUGUGUUAUUUUUUCAAAAUAUGCUCAGUUUCCAGGAUGUCUUCGUAUCAAGAAACGGACCAUGGGGCCUUGUCCGAGGCUCAAAUGCUGCUCGGGUUUUGAUGGUUGGACUGGAUGCAAGCCAUUCCAAUCUUUCAUUGGCCGAUGUAGUGAGGGAUAUAACGGAUUUUGUGAAAGAAUUGGCCCCAAUGGAUGGUAAAACUGAUGUUGUAGUUACGUCUGUAGAUGAAGGGCUUAAGUGGCGGAAAAUUGUGUACGAGGUUACGUCUGCAUUGACUGGCACGAUCGUUGUGGAAGACGUGAUAUAUAAGGAACAAUCGGAUGUUCCUAAGGAUUCCAUAUUCCGGCGCCUUUAUUUUCGAAGAACUGAAACUAUAAUGCAAUCUGAAGCUCUUUUAUCCACAAAAGAACUCGAGAUUAAGAAAGUUCCGGCAGUUUCCAGAACCUGGAAGAAAGGAAAAUCGAAGAAGUUUGUAUCUCCGUCAUCAUCUGAUUCUCAUGAAUCGAGUGGCAACACGAAAGUCGAUCACGAAUUUUUGGCAUGUGAAUUCCACCAGGGGAUGAUUGCUGGACUACUGUUGUUUUCAAUACAUUCAAAAAGACAUCCUCAGCUGGUGGAUUUGUAUUUAAUACAAACAUACAUAAAUAAAGCUUCAGUAUUUAUUUAUUUUCAGGUAAAAACAGUUAUAAUCGGUCUUGGAGCAGGACUGCUUCCUAUGUGUAUGAGAAAGUACAUACCUUCUCUAAAGAUCGAGGUCGUCGAGUUAGAUCCUGUGGUUCUGAAAGUUGCUAAAGAGUAUUUUGAUUUUGCAGAAGAUGAACGCUUAAAGGUACAUAUUACUGAUCCUAUUAAGUUUGUCAGGGAGAUAGCAAAUUCUGAUGCAGAAGGGAAAAACGACUAUUUCAAAGUUGACGUACUUAUAGUCGACGUGAACUCAUCAGACUUGAGUUCUGGUUUAAUCACUCCAGAGGUGGAAUUCGUGGAGGAACAUUUUCUCGUGGCAGCAAAAGAAUCACUCUCUUAUAAAGGUUUAUUAAUCACUAAGUUGGCCCGAAACUUCGGUACUGGUGUUAGGACUGCAGUCCAUUCAAAUUUGAGAAAGGUAUUUAGCAAUGUAUUUAGCAUGAAGAUGGAGGUACGUGAAGAUUUCUGUGAAUUAAUAUUUGCACUGAAGAAGGAGUCUCCCGUUGAACUCGGUGAAGCUUGUGCGGCACUCGGAAGAUCGUUAGAGUAUAAAAAUAAUAAGGAUUGGGUCAAGAAAGCCUUAGCUGACUCGAAGAUGAUCCAGCCACUAAAAAAAUUAUGAUCAUCAAGAAAGCAUUUUUUUCUUUUUCUUGGUGGUAAUUAGAUACAAAUGCAGCUGCUGAUGUAUACUGUACAGUAUAAUGAUACAUGUGAGAAGAUAUUGUAUACAUAUAUCCAGGAGCAAUUCAUUCAUUAUACUGUUUGUUGAUGUAAUGAAUUUGCACAUAUUAUACCCUUUUAUAAUGUGGUUGUACUUUUGUGAAUAUACUCAUAUACUAAUUUUUUAUUUUUUA